GAGGGCCGGGAGGGGGGUGGUUGGGGGGGAUGGACCGAGCGAGGCGGCCGCAGCGGCAGGAGCCGGCGCUUGAGCUCGAGCCACGGCGCUGGCGGAGACGCCGGCUGCCCCUCCCCUCCGCACCGCUUUUCCUGAAAGGAUUCCUGUACACCUUAGAAGUGCUUGAAGAAGAGUGAUAAAGGCAAGUAUACAACUCUUUAUGGUUAGUGAAAUAACUUGGUUGAUAGCCAAGCCAAAAAGCUUUGGUCACCAUAUCUAUCAGAAAAGGAAAAAAAAGUAAAGAAAAAAAGAAAUAAAGAUAUUUAUAUAUAAUUUGAAUGGUUUUCCAGAGCACCCUCCUAAACAUUUGCCAGAGUUUUAAAACAUAACUUUUAAACUUAUUUCUGAUUUUAAUUCAGAGUAGAUUGUUUCUUGAAUGUGAAGUAAUGGUGUAUUAUGUCUUUCUAGAAAAACUGUUAAAAUUUCGGAGAAUUUAACAAAGUUCUCUGAAAUACCUGGUCUGUAGAUAGCUACCUUUUCCUUCUCUUUUCCUUACUUUGUAUUCUUUCCCCUCUUUUUCCUUACAUCCUUCUACUCCCUUUUCUCUUUCUUUACUUCUUCUGGUUUACUUAUAAAAACUUUACUUUUCAGAGAAGCUGAGUGAAUAAAAGUGAAGCCAACAUUUCUAUCUUAUGAUACUUUAUGAUUGAACUUGUGUUAAACCAGGCAUCUCAGUAUAUUGUUUGGAGAGUUUUAUAAACUGAGCAGGGUUACUCAUUUGAAUUUGCUGUCUUAAAGGAGAAAGUAAGGGAGUCCUAAAAAAUUUUGACAUUAUUGAAUUUGUUUAGUGCUUGCAUUCUUACUGUCAGCAGUAUACCAUCACUGUCUUUGGUAUUUUGGACACAGUAUUUGACCUUCCAUCAUAUUUGGUGUAUAUCAAAAGGUAGCCUUAAAGAUUUUCUGUUGACCUACAGAAAAUUUUAAUAAGCUUCAAAAUUUUGACCAUAUUUUUUGUUUGUAUUGUUAUCACAGCAGUGUCAGUGCAACAGGUUGUUUUUAAAAAUUCUUAUAUUAGAACUUGAUGUUUAAAGCUUAAUUUUGGUUUUUUAGGGUUCCAUGCUAAAUAGGCCUCUGCUUAGUAUGAUUAAGGUAUGUCUUGCUUUUAGAAAUCCCAGAAUUUAUUACUGUUGUAGUAUAUAACCUUUGCAGCUGUAUAGAUAGUCUGUGCAAGCUUUGGCUUGGAAAUUGACACUCUGUUUCUAGGUUUUCUUAGGAAUGCUGUUAUUUUUUUAUUUGUAAUCAGUCAUCAUUUCCAGUUGUUUGAAAAUAAAGAUGAUGUACAGAUGCUAGUGAAAUCUCAAAUGAAGUUAUGUUAAAAAUGUAUUAUGUUUCCCCCCCUUUUUUUUUUUAAUUAUCAGAUGGCCAUUUGAUUAGCUUAUAACACUGCCCAAAGAAACAGGUUUACAGGUAACAUCUUUAUAUAUAGGACAAGUAAAGUACGUUAUUUAUUUGGUUUUCCAGCUAACUUUGGCACCAUUCCUUUAUUGUGGUAUCUUUUACUCUCAUGGGAGAAACUUCUAUCUUUUGCUUCCAGAUACAACAAAAAAAUCAGUUGUAUUAUUUAGCUAAUGGAAUACAAAUAAGGAGAAAGGUAAAUUACUACCUUAUUAGUCUGCUGCUUUCACAUCUUCCCAUCUUCUCAGGGUCUCAAUUCCCCAGAUUAGUUACUGGAGUAUCUUGGUUACAUAGCCCUUCUUCUCUGAGGGGCUCAAUGCUUUGUGGGGUGGAAAUAAUUCAAUAACUAUUAGUAUGCUCCACAAACUCAUGAGUGAAGGUGAGUAUAAUUAAAUAUAUGUACUACUGGCAAUAUUGGCAAUAUUUUUGCCCUCAAGGAGCCCCAGAAAACUCCAGUAAAGGCCAAGACAGUCAUUAACUAAUGAGGAUUAAGGGUUUCAUUCUGAGCUCCCUCAAUGGGAAGAGGAAAAACAAAAGCAAUGUGCAAUCAGGAAAAGGGCAAGAGGCCCCGGUGGUAUGGCAGGAUUUCAGCAUGACCACAAAGAGCUUAAGCAAAAAGCAGUGAAAUUUCCUGUUCUCAUGACUGCUACUCAUUUGCCUAAUUUAGGAGCAAAGAAUUUUGUGGUAUUUAGAAAGUGGGCAGGUACUGGUGAGAGAUAAAUGUCUUUAAGUCUGUCAUGAUGUUUAUGCCUCUGAGUCAUGAAGAGGUCAGGAGAUGAGUAAAUAAGUAUGAAAGAAUAUGGACAGCAGAGCCACAAUGACAGUGCCAUAUACACGGUAAGAAGGUCUUCCUUCUGAGAGUAGUUACCAAGAAGAAAACUAGAGGGUUUGCAUUCCUACCCCUCUGAACUCUAGUAUCCUUUAGUUCACAGUUAACUCUUACAUUCCAGUUAGUUUAUGCCUUCUAGAUUGCUACUUGGUGGCAAGGAGUCUCCAUAUCCCCAGAACAUGACCCCCAUAGGGCCUUACUAGUAGUGACUUAGGCUGUUCAAAGUACUUGGUAGUGUAGGGAGUUUUAAAGCUCGUUGAACAAAAAAUUGAGGGAAAAUAGGGAAAUAAAGAACAUCCUAUAUCAUAUUUUGUCCUCAGGUUCUGUGCAUUAAUACAAACUUAUAUAUUUGCAGAACCUCAAUACAAAAGUACUGUUUCUUUCCAUUAAAUCUCAUCCCUACCAUCUCCUUUCCUUUUUUUUUUUUGCAUGUGAUUUCCAUAACCAUGGCAGUUUUGCUGACUUUACAUCUCUUAGUUUCAGCUUCCUUUUAAUUUCCUGCAUUUAAUAUUGGUGUGUGAUUGCAUUUUAACCUUUCUUUUUCUCUACUCUUCCGUCUACCCAGUUACUGUGUUACUUCGUUGCUUUUAAUUUGUGUGGAUAUGUGAGAAGCUUCUGUCAGAGAUGACACUAUUCAAAGAAAGGGAUUUCUUUGAAUCUCUUUUUCAUAGGGUAGGGUGGGGGUGGGGACCAACUCCCAGCUGUUCAACACUUGUCCAUUUGAAAUGUAAACUGUCUUGCUUCUUGUUCCCCACCUCUGGAGUGACUCUGAAGCUCUCUUCUUGAUAGUUGGUACAGGGCAAAGCUCUAGUUUCUGUAGAGACAGAUUCUGCCUGGAUCAUUUGCUCAUAUGGUGCCAGAUGGUCCUUUGUGUUCAGCGGGAAUUCAACUUGCAAGAUUUUUGUUUCCAUUUUCUUCUCAAUAAACACCCCUGUUUACCAGUGACUGAUGAAUAUGAUUGGUAACAAGAAAUUUCUCUUUUCCAUUAAAAUCCACAGUUAGAUUGGGAUGUCCACUUCUCACUAUUAUUCUUUGAAUUUACUUUGCUGAGUUUCAGCAUAUGGACAAUUAACUGUGGUUGUGACUGAGAGGAAUUAAAUUGCCUUAUCUAGACUGUACGUAUGAAUGGUCUGUUCCUUCUUGAUUUCCCAAGUAAUGGCUGUUCUGUAAACUAUUAUUAUGGUUUCCAUUCCAAGAUGACUCCUCUGGUAUUCAGUUCUUCAUAUGUUGAAACCUGUAGGGAUUUUUUUUUAACAUUGCUAUUUGCAUUUGCUGUGUACUUAUUUUUAGCUUUUUUCCUAUUCUAGAAAAUAAUCAUUACCCAUUAUCUAGAAAACUGUCUUUUAAUCUUUUGAUUAAAGAUUGCUUAAUGAUAUUGCCUGUUUGUUUGGCUAGUGGCAUGUUUUUUUCUUUAACACUGGAAAUUCUGCAUGGACUUAUAAUAAGAUGCUCUUUUCUUUCUUUCUUUGCUUUUCUUCUUCUUUUUUUUUUUAAGCAUUAGAUAGGCAUGAAGCCUCCGUCUCACAGCUGCAUGUGUAGUUACUGUUGAAGCAAAUGCCUACCUAAUUUGACAGUCUUGGUGUGUUUAAAAUUUUUUGAGUUUGCAAAUAAGCAUAUUAAAUCUACUGAUGGAGCCUUCGGGCAGUGAACAGUUAUAUGAGGACCCUGAUCCUGGAGGCAAAUCCCAAGAUGCCGAGGCCAGAAAGCAGACAGAAUCAGAACAGAAGCUGUCUAAAAUGACCCACAAUGCUUUGGAGAACAUUAAUGUGAUUGGCCAAGGCUUGAAGCAUCUCUUCCAGCACCAGCGCAGGAGGUCAUCAGUGUCUCCACACGAUGUGCAACAAAUUCAGGCAGAUCCAGAACCUGAAAUGGAUCUGGAAAGCCAGAACGCAUGUGCUGAGAUUGAUGGUGUCCCCACCCACCCCACAGCUCUGAAUCGUGUCCUGCAGCAGAUUCGAGUGCCACCCAAGAUGAAGAGAGGGACAAGCUUACAUAGUAGGCGGGGCAAGCCAGAGGCCCCAAAGGGAAGCCCCCAAAUCAACAGGAAAUCUGGCCAGGAGAUGGCAACUGUUAUGCAGUCGGGCCGACCCAGGUCUUCAUCUACAACUGAUGCUCCAACCAGCUCUGCUAUGAUGGAAAUAGCUUGUGCUGCUGCUGCUGCAUGUCUGCCAGGGGAUGAGGCAACUAUAGAGCGGAUUGAGCGUUUGGAAGUAAGCAGCCUCGCCCAGACUUCCAGUGCAGUGGCCUCCAGCACUGAUGGCAGUAUCCACACAGACUCUGUGGAUGGAACACCAGACCCUCAGCGCACAAAGGCUGCUAUUGCUCAUCUGCAGCAGAAGAUCCUGAAGCUCACAGAACAGAUCAAGAUUGCACAAACAGCCCGGGAUGACAACGUUGCUGAGUACUUGAAGCUUGCCAACAGUGCAGACAAGCAGCAGGCUGCCCGCAUCAAGCAGGUCUUUGAGAAGAAGAACCAGAAAUCUGCCCAAACCAUCCUCCAGCUACAAAAGAAGCUUGAGCACUACCACAGGAAGCUCCGAGAGGUGGAGCAGAAUGGGAUUCCCCGGCAGCCGAAGGAUGUCUUCAGGGACAUGCACCAGGGUCUGAAGGAUGUGGGAGCAAAGGUGACUGGCUUCAGCGAAGGUGUGGUGGACAGUGUCAAAGGUGGACUUUCUAGCUUCUCCCAGGCAACCCAUUCAGCAGCAGGGGCCGUAGUCUCAAAACCCAGAGAGAUUGCUUCACUAAUCCGGAAUAAAUUUGGCAGUGCAGACAACAUCCCUAACCUGAAGGACUCUUUAGAGGAAGGGCAAGUGGAUGAUGGGGGGAAGGCUUUGGGGGUGAUUUCAAACUUUCAAUCAAGCCCAAAAUAUGGUAGUGAGGAAGAUUGUUCUAGUGCCACUUCAGGCUCAGUGGGAGCCAAUAGCACCACUGGAGGCAUUGCUGUAGGAGCAUCCAGCUCCAAAACAAACACUCUGGACAUGCAGAGCUCAGGAUUUGAUGCACUACUACAUGAGAUCCAGGAGAUCCGGGAAACCCAGGCCAGACUGGAGGAAUCCUUUGAGACCCUCAAGGAACAUUAUCAGAGAGACUAUUCAUUAAUAAUGCAGGCCUUACAGGAGGAGCGAUAUAGAAAGUCCUCAUUCUCCAGAUGUGAACGAUUAGAAGAACAACUAAAUGACCUAACAGAGCUCCACCAGAAUGAAAUCUUAAACUUGAAGCAGGAAUUGGCCAGCAUGGAAGAGAAAAUCGCAUAUCAGUCCUAUGAACGGGCCCGGGACAUCCAGGAGGCCCUGGAGGCAUGCCAGACCCGCAUCUCCAAGAUGGAGCUGCAGCAGCAGCAGCAGCAGGUGGUACAGCUGGAAGGGCUGGAGAAUGCCACUGCCCGGAACCUUCUGGGUAAACUCAUCAAUAUCCUUCUGGCAGUCAUGGCGGUCCUUUUGGUCUUUGUCUCCACGGUAGCCAACUGCGUGGUUCCUCUCAUGAAGACUCGCAACAGGACGUUCAGCACUUUAUUCCUUGUGGUUUUCAUUGCCUUUCUCUGGAAGCACUGGGAUGCCCUCUUCAGCUAUGUGGAACGGUUCUUUUCUUCCCCCAGAUGAUGCUGGCACAAGAAGGCAGUGCUCCCCUACCCUCUGGCGAGUGCAUGCAGCGAAGAAUUAGACAGCAACUUACCUACUCUGAAGUUUUCUACAACAACAAAAGAGUUGAGUGAAUCUGUUUACAUUUAGAAUAAUGUUUUUUUCUUCAAGAGACGCAAUUGCAAUAGUAUUUUUUAGAUUUUAUCCAAGAAGUUUUUUGGGCAAAAAUCUUGGAUCAUUUUUAUGUAGCAUGAUUUUCCUUGGGAUGCAAAUCUUAAACAGUCCUUUAAUAUGAACCAACAAUCUGGAGCACACUGAAGGGCAUUCUAAAUUGUGGCUUGAAGGACUGCACUAAAACCCACUAAAAAGAUGCAAAAACCUGAUUAGGGAAACCAGUUAAACCUAACACCCUGCCUCGUCUGGGCUCACCACCUCUCCCCCUCCCAGACUAACUUUACUGUGAAAUCCUACCACAUUCCAUGUCUGAAUUUUUGGAUUCAGGGUGGAUUGUCCUUGUCCGUGGAUGAACACAUGGAUCUCUCCCUGGCUUUCUCACCCAAGUUGGCCACUCAUGCUAACCCUGGAAGUAUGAUCACUUUUGAACCUGGUCCCUUAACCUUUACUAGGAUACAAAAGUGAGAGCAUCAUGCCCCAAAGGAUCACUGCAAAGCCCUACUACAGUAUUUUGAAGUAGCCCUCUAAAUACUUAAUUUUAAGCAAAAUCCCUUGGCCGCACUUUUAAGGUUUUUUUAAAUAUGUGUAUAGUCACCAACUUUAAAAAAAAAUCCGAACAGCAUACUUGAAGAAUGUAAUACUCAAACUCUCAGUGCUUCCUUAUGGUUUCUAAUAGGAUUUUUUAUUAUUGUUAUUAUUAUUAUUGGGUUUUUUUGGAAAGGGUUGGGAGGGUCUUUUAUUUUUCCUUUGAAAUAAAGAAGUGAUGUUUUUAAAUGAAGAAAUGUGUGGAUAUUUAAGUGUGCUGCUCCCUCUUGUCUUGAAACAGUUUGAGUAAAGGAAGACUUGCUAUAAAUGCUCCCCUCUGAUGCCCUUGAUUUGAGAUGCAGCUUAGACUUCCUCCUCUGGCUGCUGCUUUUUGGUGUCCUGCCACCCCCACCCUACCACUUCAUGGGUUUGGCUUGGUUGGAGAGGAAAAGGGUGUGCAGGGAGAGGAGGAGGCUGUUUCCACAAACCAGCAUGAUAGGGUAGAGAUUUUUUUGCCCCAAGAAAAUGUUCACCCAGUGACUUUGGGCUGGGGUUAUCUUUAGGAAAAAUCGAGACUAUAUUAUGAGAGUCAUACGUAAUUCCUCGUGUUUCCUUAAUUUAUUCUUAACACCCCCUAAUUACUGAAACCAAAGUGAUGUGGAACCUUCUGUCUGCAUUUUGGCCCCAGCAUCCUUAAUUUCAAAGCUUUAUUCUGUCUGCCUGAGAGAAUCAACUGAAGGUGAUUCUCCCUAAAGAACAGAAAAGGAUCUGUCAGGUUUGAAGGACCCAAGUUUGUGGUGUAAAAUGUUGUCAGCUUCCUAGUCCUCUAGACUGACUUACUAACGUACUUGUGCUCAGUGGACUUUUAUAGACAAUUUAGAAGAAAGAACUGAGCCUUCUUCCCCAUGCUAUAACCAGUUCCACCAGGAUGGGACUGGGCCUUUAGAACAUAUCUGGAAAGCUUGGUUAAUCUCUUCAUAGUAUUGAAUCGCAAAUGCUGUUCCCUCUUGGCCUCAGUUCUGUGCAACCAAGUGAUGAGCAAGGGGCACAUAAUAUGCCCUGAAAAGAGUAGCAAAGCAUGCUUUGCCUAUUCUUCCCAUAUGAGGAAAUUCUUUUGGAACUAGAUUAGCAUUGCCUUCUCUGUCUGAGAGGAUGGUUUACAUGACAGCUCCAGCCUCCUGUGGCUUUGGCAGGCUGGCCUUCUCAGAGUCAGCAUGUUGUUUCCAUAACCAUUUUGAUAUUUUAACUCAGGUACCCCAAUCUUCACUCCAUCCCCAGAUGAUUGUAGUACAACCUGUUAGCUCUGUUGACCUCUCAAAAUUAGUGCCCAGAGCAGGGACCACAGGGAUGAUUUUUCUAUUAAAAAAUAAUUGGAACCAAUUCAUGUUCAGGCCAAAAACAAAUUGUUCCCAUGCCUAUGUAUUUUAAAUGUUAACUUUGCCUAAAAAUAUUUCAGUGACUUCAGGCAGGAGUGCCAAAGGACACCAUGACCUUGUCGAACUAGCAUAGUUUCUGCUAACUUUCUGCUUUAGCUUAUCACUCAGUGUAGGGAAGAGAGCCCCACAAAGCUAUCGAAAAGAGGCUUUGGCCACAAUCCUCCAGUUUUUGUAAGAACCUUUGAGUCCCCUAAACUGUGUAGAGGCUACUAAGUUUUUUGUGGGCACUGGAAGACACUGUGAUAGAUGGAUUGAUAUUGCUCCCAUUUGUGUUGGGACAGUUUCUAUCAAAGGAAGGUUUUCGCCUGUGGACAGACCCCUGAGCUCCCAGCCAAGCAGGCCUGUGCUAACUGCCCACGAUCCUCUCAAACUGUCUUAGGAAGGAGCUACAGGCUAGGUCAGGCACAGUAACAGCUUUCUAGCUGUGUUGUCCCUUGAUUUCUUCACCAGGCCCAACAGUUAGCUGCAUUUAAUGCUAUUUGUAACCAUGCAUCUGUUUUCAUGCCUUCCCCCACUUCCCGCUGCCCACACCUGUUGCCUUUGUGUUUCUUUGCACUGUGGCUGUUCCCGGAUUCUCAUCUAUUCCGAGCCCUUCUAUAACCUCACUCCAAUGGUUGUUUAACAAUUGUUCUGUGAGUGGAAAUUUCCCCUUGCUUUAACACUUCUUCUCUUUUAAAGACUACACGCAUUCCCUUUGAAAUGAAGCAUUCCUGGAUUACUUGUUAGUGCUGGUGCUUGAGGCUGGCUGUGGUAGCCUGGGUGACUCUGUUCAGGCUGUAGAAUAACUAACAUUUUUCCUUUUUUAUGGUUCAAUUGAAGGGCACUUCUGUCUGCUCCAAUUUCAGUUCCUUGGUAUAUACUCCGUGCAUCCUAGCAAGGAAGGCUUUCUACUCCACAGGCUCCUUAAGAAGCAAAAGUAGGUUAAAUUUUACACUUCAUUGACCGGGUCUUCUUUCUUCCCUGUACCCCCUUCACCCAGUUGAGUUGAAAAUCUGAUAACCAAGAAGAACACUGCGAUCAAGCCUUCCUUGCUAGCCAUGCCCUAAUAAUGAGCAUAUUUUUAUGUGGUCUUCACUGCAUUUGGUUUUGUUUCUGACUUCUAUUCCUUUGAGAUACAGUCAGAUGAAAUGCUGAAUUCCAAGUGAGCUCCAGCAAGGAGUUGCCUUUCAGCUUUGGAAAAUAUGCAUCCAAAACAAAACCAAAUAUUUUAAUCAGCAAAUUGACACAGGCAAAAUUAUGGUUCCCACCCCUAAAUGAAACUGGGGAUUUUGAAUGUGGCUCUAAGAGUUAACAUUUCUGUCUGUGUGUUGUGUAUGCUAGGUGAUACCCUCAGUAGGAUUGACUACUAGACUGUGUGUUUUAUCAAAGUGUGUAAGAAUAAAAACUCACUUGCACGAUUUGAAAAGUACAGAAAUGACACUUGUGAACGCGUGAACGUUAACACUGUAGUUGAUAGAUCUUAAGCUGCUAAUUGUUGAGAGAGAAUUACAUUUAUGUUUUGUCUGGUUGCUGCAUAUUCUCAGCAGCACUUUUACUGUACAUACAAAUUGAAAUAAAGACCUCAGCUAUUAA